UCUCGUUCAGCCGGCCAAGAUGCCAAAAGGGAAGAAGGCCAAGGGGAAGAAGGUGGCUCUGGCCCCUGCUGUAGUAAAGAAGCAGGAGGCCAAGAAAGUGGUCAAUCCUUUGUUUGAGAAGCGGCCCAAGAACUUUGGCAUUGGUCAGGACAUCCAGCCCAAAAGGGACCUUACUCGUUUUGUCAGAUGGCCUCGGUACAUCAGACUGCAGCGUCAAAGGUCUAUGCUUUAUAAGCGUUUGAAAGUUCCACCGGCAAUUAACCAGUUCACCCAGGCUUUGGAUCGUCAGACAGCUACUCAGCUGCUGAAACUGGCUCAUAAGUAUAGACCUGAGACAAAGCAAGAUAAGAAGCAAAGGCUUCUGGCUCGGGCCGAACAAAAGGCUGCAGGCAAAGGAGAUGUCCCCACUAAGAGACCACCUGUCCUGAGAGCAGGUGUUAACACUGUUACUAACCUGGUAGAAAACAAGAAAGCACAGUUGGUAGUGAUUGCACAUGAUGUGGACCCCAUUGAGCUAGUGGUCUUCCUACCUGCCUUGUGCCGAAAAAUGGGGGUUCCUUAUUGUAUUAUCAAAGGUAAAGCCAGACUGGGUCGCUUAGUUCACAGAAAGACCUGCACAAGCAUUGACUUCACACAUCCUGAAGAUGAGGGAGCCCUGGCUAAGCUGGUAGAAGCCAUCAAAACCAAUUACAAUGACAGAUAUGAUGAGAUCCGUCGUCACUGGGGUGGCAAUGUUCUGGGUCCAAAAUCGGUGGCUCGUAUUGCCAAGCUGGAAAAGGCAAAAGCUAAGGAACUUGCAACCAAAUUGGGUUAAAUGUAUAUUUGAUUUUUCCCUACAUAAAAA